AUGGCCAGUUCCAAUAGGGACUCAGGAGCCUGCAAGCUCCCUCGUUACGGGGGCGAAGUUGCAGUGGAACCCAAGUCGGCAACUGCUUUGGUAGCCACCUUAGGCAUGAUCAUCUUCAACGUCCUCGACUUCCGGUUGCCACUGGAUGAGGAGCGGAAGCUGAGUCGCCCCCUGGAGCAGCUGAUCGAGCGGAUGACGUCCUCCUACCCCAGAGGGGAGGAAGAUGGUGGAGAGGAGGAGGACGCCGCCUCCCAGAAUGCGGAUGAGGGCAUCGAACAAGAUUCUGGGGAGGAUGAUGAGCGGAUCAUCAUGGAUUCGGAAGAUGAUGGCAAACUGCGGAAAGGGUUCUCUCUCCACCACGUUAUGGAAGUUUGCGCAAGAAAUUUAGUAUGUCCCGAGCAAGCAGAUUCUCAUUACAAAGCCGUCUGUCGAGCUCUCGUGGCCGAAGUUCUGGAGCUUACCACAUUUCUUGAAAAUAUCACAAAUAGAACACAGAUUCUACCAUCAUCUGAUGAUGAGACAGGACACAAAACUCUCGCAAAACUUGGCAUUCAGGAUUGGGCAAGAUUAUGGAUGCAAGUCAUUCACCAAUUAAGGCAGGGUGUUAAGCUCAAAAAAGUGGACCCUACGCACUUUCACCACCCCUUUGAGUUUGAACUUACUCCCUAUGAGAUGCUCCUGGAUGACAUAAGAUCACGGCGGUAUAAACUUCGUCAAGUCAUGGUAAAUGGUGACAUUCCUCCUCGGGUCAAGAAAGACGCACACGCUCUCAUCUUAGAAUUCAUUCGUUCCAGACCUCCUCUAGUUCCAGUAUCCAAGAGGAAAUUACCACCUACUCCACCAAGAACACUUACAUUGUAUGAAAAGUUGAUGGCAUCCAUCAAACAACAGCACAAAUUGAAACCAACUGUUCAACAGAAUGGAGAAGGGAACAACAAAAGAAAAAUUGAAACAUCAAGAACAAAGCUGGAAGAUUCUGAUGACACUCCUCAACCUCAAAGAAGGCUUAUCAAGCCAGAUAUUAGUUUCGGAUUUUCCUCCAGUUUUGAGUCAUUAGGUUCUGAGAGAAGACACAGCAUCAGUGUGUGUGAGUCUCCUCCUAAAUCAGGUGACCAAACGCCACUAGAUGAUAUGGUGCCUGGAGGAAGAAGGCUGCCCUUCCACGAAUCUUCUAGUCAAGCAAGGUCCGACUAUUGGAAAUCUUCUCAAUGGCAGUCCUUGGAGUGCCUAUCCCUAACAUUAGAAGAAGUGGUGCAUAUAAGGAAUGUUCUCACAAAGGCAGAGCUCGAGUCUGUCAUUGUAGACCAAGCCUUGUACGAGGAUCUCCGAAAAGGAAAGGUGUGCUUCACAUGCAAACAAGUGAGAUUUUUCUUUUUUGGACCUUGGGGUGUCAAAUGCAAACUGUGCGAAAGAACAGUAUGUGAUAAAUGCAGCAGCAAGAUGCGCAUUCCCACCGAGCACUUUGCAAGGAUACCAGUGUAUAUGCUCAGUCCCACUCCCAGUCCACCCCCUGAAGAGGAAUCUAGUCAUAGCUUCUGGAGAUUCUCAGAUGUUUUUGGCAGUUCCACUACCACAGAAACUCUUGAUGACACUCCAAAACUUCGCAAGCAGAAAACCAUUUGCGAAAGUCACGCCAGGAGGCGGAUAAACUUCCGGCACUCCGAAUCCGUGUAUGUAUUUCCGGAAAAGAAAAGUCAGACGGUCGCUCUACCUCCCAGAAAGAAAGUGCCUCUCCAACGUUCCAGGACACUGAUCCAUUCAGAGACUGUAGAUCCUAAGGAGAGCAAGUCCUCCAAAAAGGACAAGCUAAAGGGUCCUCUUGAGCCAGUGUGCCGCGGGUGUAAGGUAAUGGUUUCUAACAUAGUCCUAGCAAGUCAAGACAAAGUUAGCUUUGAACCAAACAGAAAGAAGAAGAAUGCUAAAACAUGGCCCCAAAAGAGGAGUGUCUGCAUGGCAGCCUUAACGGAAACACCCCCCUCAUCACCGGAAGAGACUUUUAUCAGCAAAGAUAUUGGCAGAAUACGGUAUAGUCCUUGAAGAGAAAUAUACCAGUUUGGUGACUCGCCAUAGCAUCUGCAAGGACAGUUUGCAAAAAGUAUCUCUGUAAUGGUUUUAUGGAGCUUAAAGUUGGAAG